AUAAAUCGUGGAAAAAUAGCAACCUAUUCGUAUGUGAGACGAUUUGUGACUAGACGACCGACUUUCCGUCAUCGACGAAUGAUGGGGCAAUUAAAGAUAUGUACUGGAACAGAAAUCUGGUGAAAAAUGAGCGACGUAUACUUACAACAUAUUUCUUCAACACCUGGUGCUGGUAUGGACAAUUAUCAGAAUAACGAAGCAAGUUUUGGUCAAGAUAAUAUUGACUUGCUAAAUGAGGAUACAUUUGGAGCUGGAGCCGUUGAGGAAGAUUGGGAACUUGAUCAUAAUCAAUUAGUUGGUUUACAUGAAGGUGUGCUUGGUAGAAAGCAAGAAAUAAAUAGUAACAUAGAAUCUGAAAACAACAACCAAGUUGAUGACCUUCAACCGUUUACUUUCGAAUCUCUUCAUUCUCCGCUCCAAUUGGACGAUGAGGAACUUGAACGGUCCAAUCAGCAGCUAGCAGCAGCUGUGGAGGAACUUGUACUAAACAGUGACCAGGAUCAAGACAUGAUCGACCCGGCGAUUGUCAGUUUACGGCGACAACCCCAGUCAGUUCAUCUCGCUGCAAGCCCAAAGUUGCCACCUUUUUACUCACGUGAGGAUGAAGGUCCAAGAUUCAACAACUCAAAUGUUUCCAACAUAUUUAACCGACCAGAUAAUCUUUAUACUUCGGAUAAUUUGCGAAAUAUUUGGAAUGAGUCAUCUUUAGGCCAAAGCAUUCUUUCUGCUUCACUCACUUUACCAGUGGAUAACAAACCAAUUAACGACAACGGAAAUUUACAAUUUGAGGACGAAGCUAUAUUAUCCAUUUCACGUGAUACAUCUGACUUUGACCGACCGUCUCUGCUCUCAAGUCCACUUGUAGUUUCGGCUGAAGACUUAGAGCGAGAAAUGCAAGGAACAUCCUCUCCUAGAGGACCUUCCCCCACAUAUGGCAUCAGCAUCCCAAGUAACAACAACCAUGAUCCCGUAGAUAGAUCCUUGCCUCCACGAUCUGUUUCACCAUUAUUUGGAAGUCCAUCCCCAUCGAAUAUGCCGAUAGGAACUCCUCCAAAACAUGUUAUCAUGAACAUGAUGCAUCAUCUUGAACAGCAACAACAAACACACCCUCCUCCUCCUCAUCCAAACCUUAUCAAUACAUCCGGAUCAUCAGGAUCUCUUCCCCAUCCUCCACUCAAGUUUCCUCCCGGACUUCCACCUCCAAGACUCCCCCCUUUCAUCCGGGGUCCGCCACCUAUUAUAAACAGUGGAAUGCCUAUCGGGGUCCCACAACCCCGAAAUGUGGUCUGGCCAAACCAACAACCAAUGAAUCCACUAAUUGCUCAGGAUAUAAUGAACAGACUUGGCAUGCGACCCCCCACCCCACAGCCCAACCAUCCAAGUCCCAUUGGGUCACCUCGUGCGUUUAUGGUUCCACCCCCGCGCUUGAUGAGCAACCCGCGCCAAAUGCACCUCCCACCGGGUGGGGUAAGACCCGUGCCGAGACGACAAAUGCCAGGCUUCAAUAAUGAAAGAUUCAUGCACCCGAUGCCUGCCCCACAAUUUGGCCCUGGUCAUCUUCAUCCUGAGCACAGCAAGUAUGUCCGGAUGCGACAACAGAGAUAUGGAGGACAUGAUAGCAUGGGAAGAUCAAGGAAUUAUAAGAGACAUCAAUAUGAGGAGAGGAUCGGAAUACCCGGAGAUCCGUACGCGAACAUCAUGAACCAGAAGGAGAAGGAUUGGGUCAUCAGGAUCCAGAUGAUGGCGCUACAGAGUGAUCGACCAGAAAUUGAUGAUUAUUAUUAUCAGAAUUACAUUGAGCGUAGAUUAAGAGAGGGAAGAUUAAACAGCGAUCAAUCGAAACCUGCUCGUCUUAUUACACCAACCAAACCCAACUUGGAAAACCGGAAAUAUGUUCCAGUUCAAUUCUCCAACUCACUUGGCAAACUCACAACAUCAAGCGUCUACAACCCACGACAAAUAAUCGACAUUGUUCAAACUGCAAACCAAGAUGAAGAAACUGCUGGGGAUGCUGCUGAUACAAGACAAGCAUUGAGCAAGAGACUUGUUGUAUACAAAACAAUUGAAAAGGCAUAUGAGAUCAUUGUACUAAUGGAAGAAUUACAAGCUCAAAUCCAACUCUGCCCACCCAACGCAAGCGCAAGGAGAAGCUUGGGCGAUCAUCUUCAAUCGAAGACGAGACAGAUGCUCGAUGUCCUCGACCUCCAUGAUGGGAUGGCGUUCGAUCUUCACGAUGAUCCUAUCUUCCAAGUGAUGAAGAUCAGGAAGGGAAAGAAAUUAAUUGGAAGAACUCUCCAUUUCUUGCCACAAACACAUGCUGUAACUGUGAUUCAAUCAAUUUUCUCACACUUUGCAAUAUUGAUCAAACGUGAUGCAAGAGAUGGGGUUCUACACGAGUUAUACGUCCCCAUCAGCUCUGUUCUCUCAUCUCUUGACCGAGCAAAAUUCAUUCAACUUUGUUCACUUCUCUCAACAUUUGCCAUCACUGCAGCAGUCAAGGACCAAGUUGGAGUGUCAAUCAUAUGCAAGCUUUUGCAUGAAGGAAGUGCUCAGUUUAAUUCAUGUGAAGAUUCAGAAAAGCAGGAAUGGUUUAAAUUUGUCUCCAAUGUGUCGGACAUCAUAGUUGCAGUCGCGAACCCAAAAGAAGGUUCUCGCCAUGCCCGCCCAACCACUCCCUCCCCACUGCUGGAGAACUUUCCGUAUCAUGUAUUUGAGGUCCUAUCUAGCCAACCCACUGAGAAAAACUCAUCGGAAAAAAUCAAGUCGUCAGUAGAGCAGUUAAUUUCGAAAAAGAGUUUUGAAAUUAAAUGAAAACAAUCAAUAUUUUUAGAAAUAGUGGAGUAAAAAUACAGUUAUUUCACAUGUUGUUGUGGCUAACAGUUUUCCUAACAUAUUAAUUACCGUUUUUCAAAGAUAAAAUUUUGUUGAUACUACUUAAAACUGCACGUUGUGCUUUCUUUGUAGACUUAGUUGUGCUUGACCAAAUUAUUUUGUGUAUCGUGAUCAUUGGCGUCCAUUUAACCGUUGUACCUAUUCUAUUAUGGAAAGUUUAGAAGUGACAUAAGUUAUGCUUCUUUUCAGGGCUCAGACUAAUAGUAAAAUGACCAAGUAUGUAUUUGCGAGAAUCUUUGUUGGCACUUAUUUCUCUGGGCCCUGCAUUUGAUAAUUAAUUAUGUAAUCACCGCUUUUUGUUUGUUUGGUACGUUUGCUCAUACAUUAUGUCUAAUGACAAAAUUUAUCGUUGAAAACUGAAAUCGUAUUGAUACCAACAGAUUAUAAUAAAAAUGAUUGCAACUAAA